CACACACACACACACACACACACACACACAUACACGCGCACGCGGUCUCCCCGCUCCACUGGUCCCAGGCUGGUGCGUCCCGUUGCGCGCGUCCACGCGUGUGUACCAACGCCGGAACGCUCCACGAUAGCGCGCUCCGGACUCUUUGUGCCGACUGGCGGGGGAGGAUAUAGCUACAACUUUACGAGCCGAUAUGUUUCACGCGUGGAUGACAGAGGAUCGGUGACAGGAAGUGGUCGGGGGAGGUCAGGCGCAACAGGAGCGAGGACGAACCCCCCCCCUUUCUGACAUCCACAGCGCAGUUUGCGCAAAAGGUGACACAGCAGAGGAUCCCCCGACCGGACGACCGCGUUACAUGGAUUUCUUCACCUGCUGUCUGCGCUCACUCACGCUGUUACCUCUCAGUAUUUGAGAGCUCUUGCUGCCCCUCCCCCCGCCUCCCUCUCUUCACUUCCCUUCCAAACUUCAGUCGGCGGGUCGUGGUGUCGGAGAGCGCCAGGAUGGGAUCGCAGUCCCGGGCGCUCCUGUGGCUCAUCGGAGUGUCUCAGUGUGUGUCGGCACUGGGGUGUGGACCCCACUAUGAAUUCGCCAUUGAGGAGUUCUGCCUCGCCAAAUUCAGACUUGACAUGCAAGAGCUGGACCAGACACACUGGUGUAGCUGGGAGGACACAGUCGAGCUCUACGGCGAGCUGACCAACUGCACGGCCCUGGUGGCGCAUAAGAUGGACUGCUUCUGGCCCAACAGGCUGGUGGAUGAGUUCUUCAUCCGAGUCCACAAGCACUACUUCCACAACUGCUCGCUGACCGGACGGCAACUGAAGGACCCGCCCAAUCGCAUCCUGGGUCCCUUCAUUGCGGUUCCCAUCCUGGUCACCCUCCUCAUGACGGCCCUGGUGGUGUGGAGGAGCAAGCGCAGCGAGGGCAUGGUGUAGGGGAAAGGGAGCGGGGAGUGGGGGGGGGAGGGGUUGCACAUUUCAAGACCAGAGGUACUUUUUGUGCCGUACGGUUGCAUCAUAUUCACCCUAGCUCAAGGCGAACAAACGGACCAGAACCACUUCCUGAUGGACCUGGAAGAGGAGCUGUUCAAGAUCCUCGUUAAAACCAGAUCUUCAGUGACGCCUGAAUGCUCUGACGCCAAUACGACGCCUUUACUCCCAUCUGGUGUAACACCAAUAGUCUGACGCGGUCCGAAAUCAUCGCCGUUGUUUACGGAGCGUACCUGAAUCUGACGUGGACCAGGAGAGUGACCGGUGCAAACAUAUGAAGAUAAAAUAUAUAAAUUAUAGAACAAUUGUGAGAAAAUUUCUUUCUGGAGAUGAAGCAGCUUCAAAUAAUGUUAGAAGUGGGAAAAAUGCCUCAACUCAAACAUGAAUUUCACACAUUUUUGUGGAGUCCAUGGAAAUAACUGACCUUCUCCAGGAUAACAGGAUUAAAACAAAGUGGUGAACUUUCCCGGGAGGCUUGCUUUACACUUUGACAAGCGACAAAAGAACACUAACGGCAUGUGUUAGGGGAACCCAGGGAUACCAGAUUUGAUGUGUAUAUACAUAUUAUACUGUAUAUACACACAAUAUUUACAAUAUGAGAUGCAUCUGUCAGUGGACUGUCAGAAUUUCUUUGGAACACAAUCAAGAUGAACAUUUGUAAAAGUAGAGUCAAACUAAAUCAAAAUCUCUCAGAUGCAAUUUUUUUGUUUCCACAAAGAAACACAACAUUUGAACAUAUGUGCAUUAUAUUUAAAAUAUACUCUCCGUCAUGCUGUCGAGCUCUAGUGGGAGUGGAAUCCGUCAGUUUUUGUGUGUUUUCCUUUCUUUCCCUCUGCUCAUAUCAUAGCCUCAAGGUCCUCGCCAUGCCUGCAGAGAAACAAAGAUGUGUUUCCAUAGCAUGAUACAGACUGAACCAGCUGGGAAAAGGCAGGUAGCAAAGUCAUAUUCUAAAGAUUGGCAGGUGUGCAGUAAAGGUGAAAAACGGCGCGGUGCUGAGAGGAUUGACGAGGUCGAGGCCCCAAUUUGGACGGCCUGUGAUGAUGUUGUGUUCUCUUGCAUCCUCCAUCCUCCGUCACCAAGGAAACUAAAGUGAAGAAAUGCCAGCAGACACACAGCUGGACAAGUCAAGACUUUGAAGGCCACGGGAGAACUAAACGGCUUUUAUCCAUUUUGGUCACGAUAUAGAAAGACACGAGCCCAAAAAAUAACAAAUCGAUUGCAUCCAAUUUCGGAAGUAAUGUGAAAAUGUUGCAAGAAACUUUAAAAAAAGAGAGAACAAAGAGUCGGAACUUCACUGUCUAAAGACACAUCUAACCACAGAGGAUGGAUCAGCCAACACACAUCUCUGCUGAACCUUUCCCGAAGCACAGUUUGUGUAUCAUGGACAUUAAUAUUGAUUCAUGAUCUCCCAGUGUGGUAGAGUGCACCGCAUGAACUGUUUCCUCAUUGAUAUUUUUAGAAACGCUCACUUUCCUUUCUAGAUCCGUUGACCUGUAACCCGCUUGUCAGCAACACACACCAGAGAGCACGCCCACGCUUGCCCACCGCCAUUUGUACUACGUGCCAACAGCUCUCGGAAAACAUCCGGCAGUGAUUGCUGUGAAAUGUCUAAUUCUCUGUUGGAGUGACUUCUAAUGACUGAAUUGUAAAAACGAUGAUCGUGAAUUAAAGUUGAAUAAAACAUCUGA